AUGCUGGACCUUUCCUCAGGGCUGGGCGUGGGUGGGAAGGAACAGGCGCUGGACGACGAUGCCGACAUUGACAUCUCGAGACUCUCGGCUGUAGACCGUGAUGCCAUCAUGGCGCGCGUGACGCCCGACGACAGCACACCUCCCGAUGCGUUUGCACUAGCACAGAACGAGAUCCGCCGUGAGAUGAUUGAUCGAGGUAUUCAACCAAAAGGAUUCUACAAUGACGACGCAGCUCGACUACAAGAAGAGUUCAAUCGAGAGCAUGCGUCGGAGAAGGAUUCUCGUAUGCAGCAGAAGAUUCAAUUUGCCGCCAAGAGUUAUCUUCGUGAGACUGUGCAUCGACGCAGGCAGGAGCGCGAGAAGGAAGUGCGUGAAGAAGUCGAGGAGAUCGCUAAAAAUCCGCAAUUGGAGGUGUGGCUUGGCCUCGCCAAGGCUGAUGAGACCCCGAAACAUGCAGACCUACGUGUGAGUAGUAUCGGUGCCCGAGCUCUCUGCAAGACGCUGGCAUUCACGCACUCGUUACGGUCGCUCAAUCUCAGUCGAAAUGCACUCGACGAUGCGACGGGCAAGUGGUUGGCGGUGUUUCUUAAGCGGAACACGUCACUUCGCCGACUGGAACUGGAGAGCAAUUGUCUGGGCCCAUCAGCAGCGAAAGACCUGGCUGAAGCUUUGAGCUCUAACGAAAGUCUCGAGUAUCUCAACCUGGAGAGCAACCCACUCACAGACGAAGAGAAGGACUUCUCCGGUGUGGCGGCGUUGGGCAAAAUGCUCGCCCAGAACAAGACGCUGCGCACGCUGAACCUUUGGCGAACGCGACUCGGUGGAGAAGGUGGCAAGCAGUUGGCGCUGGGUAUGGCUCGUAACACUACGCUGGUAUGCUUAGAUGUGGGGAACAACCGCAUCACCACGUCAGAUGCCGUCGCACUCGAUGUGCAGCUCAAGAAAAACCGAGUGCUGUUUGAAGAGCAACAACUGCAGCAGCUUAAGUUCCGCGAAGCGCAGUGGAAAGCUGCGGAUAAAGAGCGCGAGAGGCAGGAAAAACUGGCGAAACGACAGGAAGAUGAAGAGUGGAUGGAGAAGCGCAAGCUGGAGCGCGAACAUGACCGCGCGCUGCUCGAAGAGCAACGACAGCGAGAUCUCAAGAUUGAGGAGGACCGGAUGCGGCAAAUCGCAGCUCGCAAGGCAGCAGAGUUCGCUGCAAAAGCGGAGAUGGAAAAGAAGAAAAAGAAGAAAAAGGGUGGAGCCAAGAAGAAGAAGUAA